UGCGCAGCUCCGCCCGAGCCGAGAAGGCGGAGCUUCCUCCUGUGUGUGGGUGAGCGCGCUUUCCUCCUGCGCCUUCUGUGGCUGCCUUGGGUCCCAGGGAAGUGAGACGUCGAGAGUCUCUUUUCCCGGAGGAAGGCGUCUUCCUCGAGGGCUUCCGAGCGGAGACUCAGCCAUGCCGAACUCGAGGUCCAGACCCCGCCGCGGCGCCGGGGGCGGCGCAGGGGCGGCCGGCCGGGACCGGCUGGUGGCGCGGUCCUUGCAGAGCGCUGAGCACUGCCUGGGCGCCCAGGACUUCGGCACUGCCUACGCCCAUUACCUCCUGGUGCUCAGCCUGGCGCCGGAGCUCAAAGACGACGUGAAGGAAACUUUUCAGUAUACACUUUUCAAGUGGGCUGAAGAGCUUGAUGCACUCGGUCGAAUACAAGACUUAUUUGGUUGCUAUGAGCAGGCCUUGGAACUAUUUCCUGAUGAUGAAGUGAUUUGCAAUAGUAUGGGAGAGCACCUCUUCAGAGUGUCCCUAGUUGUAACAGAAACUGUCGAUGCAGGUGUGUUUGGAGAAGGAAUUGUGGAGAGUUUAAUUCAUGCAUGGGAGCAUUUACUUCUGCAACCAAAGAGAACCAUCUUUUACCUCUCCUUUUCUUACACUCUUACCAGGGUGGGCACUAAGGACAUUGCUGGUGCCCAUUUGCCAGCAAAUGUGAAAUUUCAGAGCCCAACCUACUCUGCUGCAGAUAGUGGAGAAGCAGUUGAACCCUACACAACUGAGAAGAUGAGUCGGAUCCCUGGAGGGUAUUUGCCUCUGACAGAGUGCUUUGAAAUUAUGAAAGUGAAUUUCAACAGUCUUCAGGAAUUAAAGGGUCUUGCAGCUGAAGAGCCGCGUCCUCUCAACAUCCCUGCUCUUAAAGAAGGCCUGCUGGAUGCUGUUGUGGUGUGGUUUGUCCUCCAGCUGGAUGACGAACACAGUCUGUCCACAAGUCCUGGUGAAGAGACCUGUUGGGAACAGGCUGUUUAUCCAGUACAGGCCCUUGCAGACUACUGGAUAGAGCCUGGGGACCGUGUGACAAUGGAGGCAUCUUGUCAGGAUUGUUUGAGAAUCCUGCAUUUGGAACAUGUAAUGGAAGUUAUAAAAAAUUUUACCGAGAGUAAAGACUUGCUCUAUUUAGGGAAUGAGGCUGAGCUCUGCAGUGCUCUAGCUAACCUUCAGACCAGUAGAGCGGAUGCUCUGGAGCAGACCUGUGUGUUAGAACCUACAGAAAUUGCUUUGCUCAAUAACAUUCCACAUGAAGGCUUUAAGAUGGCGAUGAGGAAGGUGUUGUCUUCACUGGCCCCAGAGAAGCUGUGCCAGCCCAUGGAUCCUCCCUGUCAGGAUACUGAGAUGAACUCUGGAAGCAGACAGAGCGUAAAUGCGCCGAGCACCUCUGACCCUUUCUAUGUGUUGGAUGUGUCUGAAGGCUUCUCUCUUUUGCCUAUAAUUGCUGGAACACUUGGUGAGGUUAAGCCCUACAGCUCUGUGGAGAAAGACCAGCAUUGUGUCACUUUGGACCUCAUAUCUGAAGCCAAUCACUUCCCUAAGGGAACACUUGAGUUUUGGCUGAGACAUAUAGAGGAUGAAGCUGCUUUGUUGCAAAGGCCCAAAUCAGACAAAUUGUGGAGCAUAAUUAUAUUAGACGUCAUUGAGCCAUCUGGGCUCAUUCAGCAGGAACUAAUGGAAAAAGCUGCAAUAUUCAGGAAGGGGCUUGAAAGUAUGAGAGAUGCUGUGUGUGGGGACUCCGAGAGCUUCAGAAUCCUGGACCUGACCACAGAUGCUUAUCUGUGUGUUUCUGGAUUUAUCUUCAUUGCCAUGUGUCCCUUUAAGCCGGCCAGUGGAACUCUUAAGAUUAGAUCUGAUGACUCCGUAUUUGAACACUUCCAAUAGAGAAGUAAAGGUCCGCAUUUGUAGAUCUGGACGAGUGACCGCUGUCCCAUUUUGGUUUCAUUUGUGCCUUGAUGAUGAAGUCAGGUUGGACACCUCAGGCGAAGCCUCCCACUGGAAACAAGCUGCCGUGGUCCUGGAUAAUCCCAUCCCAGUGCAAGUUGGGGAGGAGCUUGUGCUCAGUGUUGAGCAUCACAAAAGCAAUGUCAGCAUCACAGUGAAGCAAUGAGCAAGACUCUAAUCAUGAAAUGAGUGUGUAAAAUCUUUGUCAUGGUCAAGAAUGGUUAAUAAAGCACAUGGUGACAGUCUUAAA